CCGCAGCGAUGGAAGCGAGGCCCAUCGUGACGUCCAAGCAGCGAGAGGAGGUGGUGCACGGGGUCCCGACAGAGGUGGUGUGCACGGCGUUCUCCAACUCCGUCCUCGUGGUAGUCACGCAGUACGGCAAGAUGGGCACCAUCGUCUACGUGGACCCCAACACGGUCGGCGACAGCGUGGGCAGGCCUUCCCUCACCACGAAGGUGCUGCUGGGCAAGGAUGAGCCACUCGUCCAUGUUUGUGCCAAAAACCUGGUGGCGUUUGUCUCUCAGGAAGCUGGGAACAAACCCGUUCUUCUCGCCAUGGCUUUAAAGGACAAGAGCAUGGAAGGAAUACAAGCUCUACGGGAAGUGAUCCGAAGUUGCCAAGUGUGGUGAAGUUGUGCCAUCUGGAUUCAAGGAAAUGAUCUUGAGUCCAUGACUCAUCACCACUUAUUUGAAAGGACAAGAAAUGAAAAUGAUGGAAUGUCUUUGUGCUGGUUUUGGACGUACUGAGGAAUUUAAUGAAUUUUUCUCUACUGUGUAGAACAUUUGUGGGUUUUGUUACUGUGACAGGUUUGCAGUCCAUACAGUCGGUGAUGAGACAAGAACAACUGUCUCAACGUACAAGAGGAGUAUUAUUUAUAUCACAUUGGGUAGGAUGUGUAUUUGGGAACCAGCACGGCUCCACGUUUGUGUGUCCUGAGGAGCCACAGAUGCCAAGCUCUGGAGCUACUCUGUACCGCAAAGGGGCAACACCCAGUGCAGAGUGAAUAAAAGAAACAUUGACAAAUCUAAUUUUACCUGUUUUCUUUUUUGCUCUGUGAAAAUCACUUCAAUUGAAAUACAAGCCUCAGUAAUGAAUCAACAGCAAUUGCAUAAUAGGAAAUA